AUGUCUAAACGCAUUUUCACUAUCUUCGGCGCGACCGGGAGGCAGGGUGCUGCUGUCGUCGAAUCCGCCCUCGCUGACGGAACCUUUACUCUCCGCGCUGUCUCUCGCAAUGUCGACUCUGACGCGAGCAAGGCCCUGAUCGCCAGAGGCGUCGAAGUCGUCUCUGCCGACCUGUUUGACAAAGAGUCGCUCAAGAAGGCCGUCCGUGGAAGCGAGAUUGUCUUUGGCGUAACCAACUUCUGGGACCCCGCUAUCUUCCCCGCCGACCCCAAGGGCGCUGGAGAGAUCACACAGGGCAAAAACCUCGUCGAUGCUGCGAAGGAAGAGGGCGUCAAGUACCUCUUGUGGAGUUCGCUGCCCAACAUCUCCGAGGCAACCAAAGGCCUCUACAAACACGUCUACCACUGCGACAACAAAGCCAUUAUCGGCGACUACCUCGCUGCAUCCGGCGUGCCCUACUCAAUCGUCUACACCGGGUGGUUCAGCGAGAACUUGUGGGCAUUCGGCAGCAUGGUCCCCGCCGAGUCUGGCAACGGCUACACCAUCCCCAUCCCCAAAUACGGGCCCACAGACACACAGCAGGCGACCUGGGUCAAGAACGACCUCGGCCCGGCUGUCCUUGCACUCGCAAAAAACUACAACACCGACAAAGGCAAAGAAGUUGGCGUUCUCGGCGGGUCCUUCCCCGUCAUCACCCUGCAGUUCACCUACCCCGACCUCGCCGCGGCGAUCUCCAAGGGUAUGUUGCCCCACUUCUUCUCCCAUCCCAGCAGCCAACUCACACGGCAACUCGUAGCGCUCAACAAGCCUGUCAAUUUCUUCAGCGUCGAGACAACCGGCAUGGCAGAGCUCGACGAGAUGUUCCUCUAUCAAGCCAAGUACGACAUGUAUCCUGAUGCAGUCCCGAAUCCCAAACUCGUCGCUCUCGGCGUCAAGUUCGGCACAUUGGAUCAGUUUAUUCAAGAGGGUGUUCUUAAGCACUUUUCGUAG